AUGCCGACUUUAGCACUACAUUUUGGGUAUUAUUGCAGUAGAAUGUUAUCCGAAACUGUUGUUUUUCCUAAUGGAUAUCCAAUCAAAGAUGUUUUCAAUGCAAAUUUUUACAAAGAAGACAUGACAAUAAACAAAUUUGUAAAAAAAUUAUUUGACAAUUCUAUGGGACCAUUCAAUAGACUACAACUAAGCAAAGAAGAAUUUGUUCUCCUUCGCGCUAUAAUUUUUUCACAUUUUGCCUCAACUGGCUUAAGUCAGUAUGGCCGACAUUUAUUACUAACUGAGGCAGAGAAAUAUUCUGAUAUAUUGAUGAAAAUGUUACAGAAUCGCUAUGGACCAUUGCCUGGUGCUAGAAGAUAUGCAGAAUUGUUUCAUUUAGUUGAAUUCUGCUUCAACUGUGGAAACAAUCAUUGCCUUUUUCUAAAUUAUCUGGCAUAUGUAACCGAUAGGGGUUAUUUCCAUAACUCAAUGCCUGAAGCACUUGUUAAUCUUUGUCUUGGUUGCAAAACCUGAAAUUAUAUUUGCAUCAGAAAAGGAAGUAAAUCGGGGGUGGAUGCAAGAUGAAUGAAGAUAGGCCUGAGACAUUUUUUUAAAUUUUAUUCUUUCCUUCUUUACUUUAACACC